AAAUCUUCUUCGUUAUCGACUACUUGUUUUCGCUUCUAAUACAUAGAUGCCCACCCGCCACCACGGCACCUCGCUUCAUUUCUCCAAUUUCUUGUUCUUUGCUUUGAAGACGGUCGCCUGACAACUUGCACGCAGCUAUCCAGCUCCCAGUCAGCAUAAAACCUCAUAAUAAGUGAGCAAGAUGUUAAACGCAGGCCAACAAUUGGACACCAACUGCAUGACCCUGACUCGGUUUGUAUUGGCAGAGCAGCGCAAGGUUCCCGGAGCCACUGGUGACCUGACCCAGCUGCUUAGCAGCCUCCAGUCAGCCGUCAAAGCGGUCAGCUCCGCUGUUAGGAAAGCUGGCAUUACCAAGCUGUUUGGAAUUUCUGGCGAGACCAAUGUCCAGGGUGAGGAGGUAAAAAAGCUGGAUGUGCUAUCCAACGAGCUGUUCAUCAACUUGCUGCGCUCUUCAUACACAACUUGUAUGCUUGUCAGUGAAGAGAAUGAGACGGUGAUUGAGGUCGAGACAGAAAAACAAGGCAAAUACAUUGUGUGUUUUGAUCCUCUUGAUGGAUCAUCCAACAUAGAUUGUCUUGUCUCUAUUGGAUCCAUUUUUGCCAUCUUCAAGAAGGCUGGGGACAGUGCACCAACAACUGCUGAUGCCCUGCAGCCAGGAAGAAACAUGGUUGCGGCAGGCUACGCACUCUACGGCAGCGCAACCAUGUUGGUCUUGUCCACUGGACGAGGUGUCAAUGGCUUCAUGCUCGACCCUGCGAUUGGAGAGUUUGUCCUGACCGACCCAAACAUGACAGUGCCGAGCAGAGGCAAGAUUUACAGCAUCAAUGAAGGGUACGCUCACCUCUGGGAACCUGCUGUGGCCGAAUAUGUCGCUAGCAAAAAAGAUCCGGCCAGAGGCAAACCUUACGGCGCCCGCUAUGUUGGCUCUAUGGUUGCUGACGUCCACAGAACUCUGAAAUAUGGCGGAAUCUUUAUGUACCCUGCAACCAAGGAUGCCCCCAAGGGAAAGCUGCGUCUUCUGUAUGAAUGCAAUCCGAUGGCAUUUAUCAUUACGCAGGCUGGCGGUCUUGCUUCUAACGGCGUCAAACCAAUUUUGGAUUUAGUUCCUGAGGGCAUCCACCAGCGUGCACCAAUAUUCCUGGGCUCCAAAGAUGACGUCCAGGAUGUUUUGGACCUCAUCAAGAAACACUCUGCUUAAUUUCAAAGCUCACGUUUCAUGGGAUUUAUAACAAACAAAAUUCGAGCGAGACUGAAGCUUGUGCCUAUGUUUAUUUACAAGACUUGAAUGUUAAAUUUCCAAUUUUAGAUUUUUAUUGAAAAUUUAUACCCGCAAAUAAAUCUUCUUAUCUACAA